GGGGAGGGCAGGACUGGCAGGGUGCGGUCUGAAGUGGCAACAGAUCACCGUGAAUCGCCCAAUUCCCUUCAAAUCAACUGGAAAGCUACAGAUUGUCGCAUCUGGGGAAGUCCAGAGGAGGGCAACGAGUGAAACGAGCGCGCAAGGGGCUUGUGCGCAAGAGAGAGGGGGGCAGAGAAACCACAACACUGCAACUUGGAUGUCAGCGGCCGCACUCUCUCUCUUUGACUCUCACACCCACCAAAUCGACUUUGAACCUGUUUGUUUAAAUACACGGACUUUACAGCCACUUAUUGCUGACUCCAGUCAGGCGGUUCAGAGCGGAGUUCCUCUCAUCUGUAGGCAUAAAAAAAAGCUUUUUUGGUAUUCCAAUGGUGCCUCAUGAAGACACGGGGUUGACCUUAUUUCAUCCAAUAUUUACGGGUGCGUCGAUUUAUUUUUCACGGUAAAAUGGGAACUAAACUGGAGAGGCACUGAAGACAUCUCUCUCUCUCUCCCCCCGGGAGAGUCCUCCCACCUUUCCCCGGGGCGAUGCGGAUCUCCUUCCUCCUUCUCGCAGCCUCUCUGUGCGCCUCUGUCCUCCUCCUCGCACCUGUCUCGGAGGGCUGCGGGCCGGGGAGAGGAUACGGCAAGAGGCGGCUCCCCAAGAAGCUCAUCCCGCUCGCCUACAAGCAAUUCAGCCCGAACGUUGCCGAGAAGACUUUGGGAGCAAGCGGGCGACCCGAGGGAAAAAUUACCCGCAACUCCGAGCGCUUCAAGGAGCUCACCCCGAACUAUAACACUGAUAUAAUCUUUAAAGAUGAAGAGGACACCGGUGCAGACAGACUCAUGACUCAGCGGUGUAAAGACAAGCUAAACUCUUUGGCCAUCUCUGUGAUGAACAUGUGGCCAGGUGUGAAGCUCAGAGUAACAGAGGGAUGGGAUGAGGACGGCCAUCACUCAACAGACUCUCUACACUAUGAGGGGCGUGCUGUGGAUAUCACCACCUCAGAUAGGGACAGAAAUAAGUACGCCAUGUUGGCCCGCUUGGCUGUAGAGGCAGGAUUUGACUGGGUCUAUUACGAGUCCAAAGCCCACAUUCACUGUAGCGUCAAGUCAGGUAAGACCA